CGCUGUGGAUUGUGCGCCACAGCAGACCAGUAGUAGGCUACAGCAGCGGCAGCAUCUACUCUGUAUCCGGAGGACGACUGCUCUCAGUCCCUGAGGUCUACUGCUGUGUUUCAAAGUCCCGUACAUUGAGCCUGUACCUUCACGCUGGUGCGUCCCUGAAAUUGUUUUUUUGAGGAGCGAGAACAUUUACGUUUUCAAAAGAAACAGUCUACGGGUCGUGAAGUCGGUUGUGUCAACCCCCCUUUUCCCUAAGACGCACAAAAGAAGCACUCCCAAGUCUACCUGGAUAGCUGACAAAGUCGUCCGGUCCGGUUCGAGGUCCAGUGGUGGGAGCCGGUGAGGAGAAGUUAGCGCGCAAGGCAAGAGCAAGACCGAAGACAGGAUGAAUCUCAAGAGACAUUUGAUUUUCACCCUCUACACUAUUUAUGGGAUUCUUCUAAAAGUGAUGGCUUCAAAAGGCAAAGCUCGAGGUAUCAGCGGUCAGUACCCUCUGGUUCAGAAUAUGACGGUGACAGAGGGUGGGACGGUGAACAUGACCUGCCGUGUGGAGUAUAAUGACAACACCUCCCUCCAGUGGUCAAACCCAGCACAGCAGACCCUCUUUUUCGGGGACAAGAAAGCUUUAAGGGACAACAGGAUUGAGCUGGUGCAUGCAUCGUGGUCAGAGUUGACCAUCAGCAUCAGUGAUGUCACGCUGACGGAUGAAGGCAUGUACACCUGUUCUCUCUUCACCAUGCCUGUCAGAACAGCCAAAGCCUACCUGACUGUUCUAGGUGUGCCAGAGAAGCCAGAGAUCGAUGGCCUGACGAAACCUGCCAUGGAGGGAGACCACAUCACUCUGACCUGCAUGACUCACGGCAGCAAGCCCGCCGCCGACCUGCGCUGGUUCAGGAAUGAAAAGGAGAUCAAAGGUGCCAAAGAGGUGAAUGCAAGUGGGAAGACAUUUACGGUGCGGAGCUCUCUGCAGCUGCACGUGGACAGAAAUGAUGAUGGAGUGGCCUACACCUGCAGAGUGGACCAUGUGGCACUCACACAGACACCACAGCAGGCUACUGAAGUACUGGAGGUCCACUAUGCUCCACGUGUCCAGAUCAUCCACUCCCUUGCAGUCCCUCAGGAGGGUCAGUACUUAAAGCUGGAGUGUGUGUCCAAAGGAAACCCUUCGCCAGAUCCUGUGAUGUGGACAAAGGACGGAAGUGAACUUCCUGACCUGGACAGGAUGAUUGUAGAGGGGAGGGAGCUCACCUUUACUUCGCUCAACAAGACAGACAACGGCACCUACCGCUGCGAAGCCGGCAACCACCUAGGGACCAGCAGUGCUGAAUAUGUACUCUACGUCUAUGACGUCCCCACAACCCUGCCUCCAUCCACCACUCCCCCCCUACCUCCCAUCCUUCCAGAUUCUACCACUCUAUUAGACACCCACGCCUCAGACCCUACAGUCACUGGCAACAGAGAUCCCAACGCUCUGGGGCCACAUGGCACUGACCAUGCCUUGAUCGGAGGAGUGGUGGCCGUAGUGGUCUUUGUCACCUUGUGUUUAAUCAUUGUUCUGGGAAGAUACCUGGCCAGGCAUAAAGGAACGUACUUGACAAACGAGGCCAAAGGGGCAGACGACGCACCCGAUGCCGACACAGCCAUCAUCAACGCUGAGGGCAACCAUGCACACGCAGAAGAAAAGAAAGAAUACUUCAUUUAGACUGCAGAAGGAGCUGCGCAGCUCUCUUCUUUCCCCUAUUUCAAUCUCUACAGUAUAUCUCUUUUUCUCUGUCUCUGUCUCCCACUUUUCACCUCCACCUCUGACAACGGCCCCCGCCGUGUCAACGAGGAACUUGCAGGCAGUCCACAGACAGAGAAGUUCCCCAAGUGUUUUCCUAUUAUUGCCUUUUGUCUAUCAUUUACAUCUUGUCCAUUAUAUCAUUUUUUUCUUCUUUAUUUUGGCAGUCGGUUUUCACAGGAAGCUUGCCGUCGCUGCCAAAGUUUUCCCCUUUCUCAUAUUUUUUCCUCAUCUUUGACAUGAAUGCUUGGAAGUCUGUAUAUCUACUAUGGAUGAGCCCUUCUUUAUCUUCUCUCCCCUGUUUCCUCUCUAAGCAGAAACCCUAACUCAACACUAUAUCCCCUUUGUUCACACACGUCCACAAACACACAUCAUAUCUCACAUCAACACGGUGCCUAAAAAUACAGACGCCAUUGAACUUCUGUCAAUGCCUUCAUGUAUCGUCUGUCAGUAGCAAUGUAAAUGCUUUGUAGAUGGGUUAACUGGACCAUCAUUUCAUUGCUUAGCUCACAGCUUUUGAUUAUGCAUUGCAUCUUUUUUUAUUUAAAUGAAGAUCUUUGCUAUUUAAGCCUUAUACAUGUCUAUCACACUGAAUAUGGUACUUUUAGAUCCACCUCCCCCAACCCCCUCCUAUAAAUAGACUUGUAAUUAAACAGUUGACCCUUGUAAGAUAAGAAGAAGGCUUUGUGUAACACUGUAGCAAGGUUUGCCAGAUAAGUGUAUAAUAUGAUUUUCAUUAGGGUAGGGGUAAUAAAGGGUAGUGAGGUAAUGUUUAGAACAGAGAACACACACAGAUGGUAGAUGAAGCAUUCCAUCGAAUAAACUCAAUCAAGUAUAUAAAACCAUCUGCUAAAUCUGCUGUCCCUAUGUACUUUUGUCUGUAUAUUCCGCCAAUGUCCAGGCUGCAGUUUAGCAAAACACCAACAACUUCAGUGUCCUCUUGACAGCUUACCGUAGUUUGUGAUUCACAUAAAGGGUUCAGGUGUACAGAAAGAAUCAAUCUCCUCUCUCUAAAAGCUGUAUAAAUUGUAUUAAAAUGAGUUUAGCUUUCCACUUAGGAUUUUUAUGUUUAUGUGACAUUGGAAUAAUUUUAAGGCUUAUGGACCCCAUGAAAUGUAAAAUUAACCAAGUAUACAGUUACAGUACACAGUUACAGAAUGAAUAGGAAAUUAGAUGUUAUAUGAUUUAGAGAAUAGGAAAUUUAGUUUCCAUUUUUCCAUUUCAUUACACUCUCAAGAUUCCCAAGUGAUUUGUAUACACAUUGAUGUUCAUGUACUGGCUCAUAGAUACGCAUUCAAUUAUAGGAUUACUUACAAAUAGUGGUGACAUCAGUUUGACUAAAACCACGUUUUUGUUUCUAUUGCCACCUCUAAAUUUCUGUUUAACAAGUUUCUAACAAAUAAGUCAAACUGUGUAUAUCACCAACAUGUCGAGACUUCCACCUCACAAACUGAAUAACUGCUCUUCUUAUUUCCUUCUUAUUUUGUUGGAGUUGCUCUCCAUGAACUGAACUUUGAUUUCUUUUACAUGGGGUCUUCAAGCUAAUAAAAGAAAAUAAAGAGAGAGAAAAAACGACAUAGUGUGUGAAUGCUGGAUCAUAUAUCUGCAGGGGCCUCCUUUCCAAAAACUAAAAACUGAAGACAAAUAGAAAAGCACAAAGAUGUCUGAAUGAGUAACUGCGUUCCUUUGCCAACAACUAGAUUGCCUUGGGUAGUGGAACGAUGACAAGGCUUUCUGUGACUCAAUUCUGGAAGAAAAAAAUAUGUAAGCUAAAUCAUGUUUUUAUAUAAAAAAAAAUGUUUUUAAUAUUUUUGGUUUAAAUGGUUCUAAGCUCCCUGCUGUGUAUUGUGUCUGCUAAAAUGUGGUUGAUUGUGAAAAUUGCUGUUAAAUUCUGAAUUCCUUCAAAUUUGUAUAUUAGCCACCUUAUCUAUUUACUUUUUUUAUUUUUCAUUGCAUAAUCCUCAUUGGGACCUAUUUUAAACAAAUGUAUUUUGUUUUAGCACAAGGCAUGUAUAUAAUGUGUGAGGACUAAAUUGGUAUUACACAUUAGAAUGAUUUUGUUUGAUUCUUUUUCACAUUUUAAUUUAUUUGAACUAAAGAUAUUUAAGAAAUAACCGAAAUUAAAGUUUGUAACUUAAUUUUGGAGAGCUUCUUGGGUUUGUGGGGUGCUACACAUCGGAGGGAUUUGGUGUUGUAAAAAAUGUGAUGUGAUGUGAGAACAGAAAUAGAAGAAAAUGUGCAUCUGUCUUCUUCACCAAAUCCUUCAAAUAAAAAUUGGAAUUGAAAGAAACAAUACCUUAAUGUUAGAGGCAAUGCAUAGUCCACACACACUAACUUAACAAAUCCUUGUAAACAAGUUCUUUCCAUUUCUUUUUAUACAUCCCUAGCAUGUGUCGUUCAUCAAUUUGCAGGAAUUUGGCUAAUUUACUCGCCAUUGAAAGAGUGAUAAACACUGUGACCUCUGGAACUAAAGACUUAAAAGCAAGGCACUGAGGGAGCAAAUUUUUACCAAGGGCAAUAGAAUAGUGGGCCCAGCUGUUUCCAAUAUGGUGGCCAAUUUACAUCAUUAUGUAAAUAAGGUCAGCAAGUACGGUCUUUCUCCAUGUGUUAUAACUCAAACACUGUUGGGAAUCAUUAAACCUGUCACCACAGAUGUAGAAUUUAGGUUGCCUACAUUUAUAUGUUAAUGAUAUGUUUUAAAAAUGCAGAAGCUUUGCCGCAGUUUCCAUAUGUAAUAAUUUUAGUGCACUUCAAUCAAUAUAUCACUAUUUCCAGGUUUGACUUCAGCCUCACGUUUCUUCAGUAGACCCAGACUAAAGCGUCUGGUCUUCAGAAACAUCACAUGUGUGUAUAGAUACAUUUAUCACAAUGAUGUAAUGUCUUUAUUGUUUACUUUUCUAUCCUCUUUUCAUUGUGUCUUAAAUCAAUGAUGGUGUCAAUUUAAAUUUUCUGUUGCUUUACGCCUGUGUAUCUAAUCGAUUUGUUGAUUGUGAAAUCAGAGAAACAGGCUGUUUUAUAUUAAAUGCAUAAAUAACCAUUUCUGCAGUGAUGAGUUGGUGUUUAGAAAUGAAACAGGUGCCAUUUUCAGAAUUACGCCCUCUGGCUAAUUUGAUGGAUAUUUCUUAGUAAGUGGUGACAUGUUUUGUUCAUUUUUUUUCUUUCUGAAAACCACAUGUAAAUAUUUAUUUUGACAUGACCGUAAUGAGCUAAUUUGUUGCAAAUGGCUUUUUAUGAUUGUUAGACCAAACCUAGAUCUUUCUUUAAUUUGUUAUUCUAACAGCCUGGCACAUACCAUCAUGCACUAUUUUACUAUGACAGAAUCAACUGUAGCUGUUACAUCUUUGGGUCGGUUUUCAGUUAUUUUUCUUUUUUAUGUUGUCGGUUGAAACUAAGCUUUAAACUUUUUGCCUCCUUGCUUUCCAACAUAUAUCGGUUCAGUUAAUAUGCGCUACAUCAUGGGCCUCUAAUUUCAUCCUGGCGGCAGGACAGUAAUAGCGUUAACCAUGGGCGCUACUCCACUCGCCUCUGUUUGGUAAAUUCCCUGGUUCCAAAAAACCUACUUUCUUUAACUGAAGGUGGGAGUGGUGCAGCUGAGGUUACUUGUUUAUGCAGAUCAGGCAGUGAAAUACUGACAGUAAGUUUGGCAUGAAAUUGCACACAAUUUUGUAAACACAUUUCAUGAUGGCAUUUGCACAUAGUAACAGACCUGUUUAAUAAAAAAACUUGUAUGUGACUUUUAAUUAUUUGUGUGUUUUACCCAUAUCUGUAAUAGGCAACAGACAGUAAUUAUGGAGACGCGUUUUAUUAUACUAAAAGUUGCUGUCGAUGUUGACUAAGUGCACUGAUAUCAUUGCAUUAUAAACUAACAUAUCACAAGAUUUCAGUGUAUACUAUGUUUAUUUGUGCCUUGUGACUGCACCUCCAGUUUGCUUCUCUACCCUUCUCCUGCUUGUAUGCUUCUUUUAAAGAGGAAUGUGACAAUCUGAUGUGGUUGGUGAUCACUGAAGCUUGUCCAAACUCCACCUGCAUUAUGUAUUCACCCUGUUUCACUGCACCACACUGCCCCAGGAGAGGACCUCUGGUCACAAAAUAUUGCAGUUAGUCAGGGCGCGCACACACACACACACACAUACACAAAUUUUUGCUCAAGUUUGCGCUCACAAUUGUCCCCAAUCUCAGGAAAUUAGAGGCCCAUAUCCACUAAAAAUGCCAUCUUUGAAUCCUUGUAAAAAAAAAAAAAAAGGGAUGAGGGAUGAUUAAGAAAAGAAUGGCCACUUUGAGUCAUAAUCUGUCUUAAAAUGCUUCUUUUUUAACAAAAUUAUGGGUUUGUAUUUUGUUUUAACUCAAUGGUUGUGUUUUCCGCUGCAGUGAUGAUAGCAUGGCAUGGCUCCGUUCAGUCCUAAGAUGACAACAAUUUGACACAAUUGCAUCUAAAGAUUUUUUUUUUUUUUACUUCUUUUUUUAAUCAUAUCUCUUUGUUUUGCAUCUCAGGAAAAUGUUUCAUUUAGAGAUUUCUUUUUGUUUGUUUGUUUUCAGUCUUAAAAUGGAGACUUAUAAGCACUUCUCACUCUGCUUGUCACUGCUUGUCCCUGAAUGCUGACACCAUGUAUUUGUUGAGUUUAAGAUUAUCGCAAUGUUAAUAAAAUUAUUCAGUGAUUCUCCAGUAAUUCUGUCAUUGGGAUAUUAAACUUAAAUAAUUGUUUUUUGAUAUGAUCACUGACUUGAAAUACUGACAUUUAGAAACAUGCUGCAAAUAAUCAUGAGUUUCAAUAAUGAUAAAGUGGAGUUGUGUUUAGCUUCUGGUAUGUAAGCAGCUCAAUGCUUUUGGCCUCUAUUAUGAUGUUUUCCUUGUAGCAACACACAUCUUUAUGUAUAUCAGUCCUUAGAUGGAAGGAGUUGUGACACACUAUCACUCACAAAAUAUCCACAGAAGAUCAGGAUUAUAGAGCUAGACACACAUUAGUUCAGCUCCUAAUGUACCUUGGUGAAAUAAGGGGUUUCAUAUCAAGCUGUACUGAGAGGGCCUGAUUCGAUAUCUAGCACCGUAAUGGAGGUGUUUUUCUCUCAUUGUCUGUGGGAUUUAUUUAAUUUAAUUUAGAGAUUCGUUCUCAUGUAUGAAAUGAAAAUUGUUGAAUAAAUAGUUGCCAAAACA